AUGUUUAUGCUUCUUAACUAUCUUUAUCCUAUUUUUAGACAUUUGCAAGUUAAUCAGCCAUCCCAUGAUGAUGAAGAUGUUCUUUAUGAUCACAAAAUAUGGAUUCCCGAUAGUCAACUUGGCUAUAGAUUAUGCUCUGUACUUGAUGAUGGCCUAUCAGAUGUUCUCGUAGGAUUCAGAGAUGAGCAAGGAUUCUUCGAGAAAAAACGAGUUGAACGAAUAGAUACAUGUCCUCCCAGUCGAAAAGUGAUGUCCGAUGAUUUGUGUACUUUAACUGAACCAAACACAGCGACAGUCUUGGAUUCGCUCAGUAAACGAUAUCAGCACGGCGUAAUUCAUACAUAUUGUGGACUUUUUUGUGUGGUCAUAAAUCCAUGGAAAACUAUUCCAAUAUAUUCGAAAGAUGUCAUGAGCUUAUACAGAAAUGAUGAUAUUGAUCGAGCUCCACACAUAUUUUCAAUAGCGCAAGCUGCAUACGAUGGAAUAAUGCGUGGACAUCGAAACCAGUCCAUUCUGAUUACGGGUGAAUCUGGAGCUGGAAAAACGGAAAACACAAAAAAGAUUAUUGACUUUAUUAUGCAUUCCUGUGGAAGUUCAAUGGAAUCUGAUAUAGCUAAUGACGUCAUCACAACAGGAAUUCUAUUAGAAGCUUUUGGAAAUGCAAAAACAACACAUAAUUACAAUAGUUCUAGAUUUGGAAAGUUCAUUAAAAUGAACUUUGAUGAAACUUCACAACUAAGUUCGGCUCAAAUUGAAUGCUAUUUGUUAGAGAAGUCAAGAGUUGUCAGUCAGAAUGAAGGCGAACGCAAUUUUCAUAUCUUCUAUCAGUUGUUUUCUGAUAAGUUACCGGCCAAGAUUCGAAGAUCAUUGCUACUUAACAUGAAGCCUUCUCAAUAUAAAUUUCUAAAUCAGGGAGGUGUCGCAACAUCCGAUGAAAUAGAUGACUGCAAUGGAGCAUUAGAGACCGAAAAUGCUAUGACCAAAUUGGGAAUAAAUGAAGAGGAUCAGAUGCAAAUAUACCAAUUAUGUGCUGCAUGUGUGCUGAUCGGAGAGAUUCGAUUUGGAGAACGAAGCGGAAUGGAUUUAAGCUUUGUGGAAUCAAACACAGAAGUCGAACAAGUUGCUAGCUUGUUGGGAUUAAGAGGUGGAAGGAUUGUAGAUGCUUUGACAUCGCCAACAAUUAAAAUUGGAGAUAAAUUGAUAAGAAAAAAUCAGAAUUUAAAAAAGACUUUGUUCUCUGCAUCAGCAAUGGCUAAGGUGAUAUAUGAAAGGCUAUUCAAUUGGAUACUCGAAAAAUGUAAUAAAGCUAUACACAAAGAGUUAUCGAAAGAUAAAGAUGAGAAUGGACAUUAUAUUGGUGUUCUGGAUAUCGCUGGCUUCGAAAUAAUCGAAAAAAAUUCAUUUGAACAGUUCUGUAUCAAUUUUACAAAUGAGAAGCUUCAACAGUUUUUCAAUCAUUUCAUGUUUGUCAAAGAGCAGGCUGAAUACCAAGAAGAAGGAAUCCCAUGGGAUCUAAUGAACUUUGCUAAUGAUCUCCAGCCUACUAUCGACCUUAUUGAAAAGCCAAUGGGCCUAUUAGCACUUCUCGAAGACGAAUGUGUGAUGCCGAAUGGUUCAGAUACGACAUUACUGGAAAAGUUUUUGACAAACUGUUCUUCUUCCUCUGCUUUCCAUAAAGCGAAACAAUCGAAAAAGAACAAGCAUAUAACACACUUCAGUGUUCAACAUUAUGCAGGCAAUGUGGACUACAAUGUGACUUCUUGGAUCGAAAAGAAUCGAGACGUUGUUGAGCAUUCUGUAUUAGCUCUUCUUUCUGAAUCAUCCGGAAAUCUUCUUAAAGAAUUAUUCCCACCGGUCUCAAACGAUUUCACCAAAACCAGACGAGGUACGAUGUGUCAAGCAUCUGUUAGUUUCACAUACAAGAAUCAGUUGCAAAAUUUGUUGGACUGUCUCAAUAUAACUGCUGCUCACUUCAUUCGAUGUGUUGUUCCUAACUAUGAGAGAAAGCCCGGAGUAAUUGAUGGAAAUUUAGUUGUUCAUCAAUUGAGAUGCAAUGGUGUACUUGAAGGUAUUCGCAUUUGUCGCAAAGGUUAUCCAUCCCGGAUACCAUUCGCUGAGUUUACUCACAGAUAUUCUCUUCUGGUAGGUGCUUCAGCGAAAUUCACAGGCAGAGCAGGAUGUGAACAACUUCUCAACACUAUCGAUUAUUGUAAGGAUAAGUAUAAAAUUGGUCAUACAAAAGUGUUUUGUAGAGUUGGAGUUAUAUCAGAGCUGGAACAUCGUCGUCGACACACCCUUGCCUUGUUCAUUUGUAAGCUACAAGCGCAUAUUCGCAGCUACUCUGCACUACGGGACUGUGACAAUCGAGCUCGCAGAGAAGAAGCUGUCGUGGUUGUUCAAUCAAAUGUACGAGUGUUUGGUAAGUUAUCAUCAUGGCCCUGGUUCCGGUUGAUGCAGUUGGUUAUACCAUUAAUCCCAAAAGAUCGUGAGAAACUUCGAAUAGUUGAAUUAGAGAAGCUGAUCGAUGAAUUGAAUGAAGAAAUCAAAGAAUAUAAAGAGGAAAACAAUCAGUUGACGGAGGAAAUGAAUGGUAAUGAAGCCAAAUAUCUCAAAGAUCUUGAUACAUUGGAAAAGGAGAAGAAUAAGCUUGAAUCUCGCUUGAUUAGAGAAGUAGAUCAUGUCUUGAGUGAUUACAAAAUGAGGUUAGAAAGAGCAGAAGAAGAAAAGCGCGAACUUCAAGCAAAAAUAGAAAAGGCCAUCAAACAUCAGAAUGAAGAAAAUGACAAUAGAAUGGAAGCAUUCGAGCAAAAGCUGAAGAAAGUUGUUUUCGAUAACGAGCAGGAAAAGAAAAACUUGUUGAAAGAAACAAUGCUUGCCAAAGAACAAGCCGCAGAGUUAGAGCAAAAGCUUGAGCAGAUUAACAAAGAGAAGAAAAGCGAGAUGAGCAAGCUGAAAGAUGAUUUACUUCAAAAUGAAGAUAUUCUCGAAGUUUUAGAGAAAAAAUACAAUGAGCAACACAACAACGUGAUGAAAUUAAACGAUACUCUACGAGAAUAUGAAAGAAAAAUUGAUGAUGCUCAAAUGACAAACAAAGAUUUAUCGAGAGAUUUACAAAGAGCACAUGAAGCUCUGGAACGAGAAAAUGAAAACAAAUGCAGAGGUCAGAAGGAAAUUGAAGAAUGCAUGAGCAGAAUUGCUGAAUUAGAAGGAAAACUCCAAAUGGUCUGUGAUGAGAAUAAUCAACUGAAACUAUUGCUAGCCAAACAAGAGAAUGAAACAGAAGAUGGAAAAUCACGGAAUAUGAGACAGAACAAUACAAUCACCGAUCUUCAGAAACUCAUUGAAGAGCUCAAUUCAAAAGUGGCUAAGAAUGAUCAAGAAAUGCUUGAGGAAAAGAAUAAACGAAGAAAAGUUGAGAAAGAGAGAGAUCGGGUUGAAGAAGAAUCUCGUCAUAUUCAAGAACAAUAUGACAAAUUGAAAAAGAAGUAUGAGAGUAUAAAAGACUUGUUGCGGCAGAAAGAGCAUUCUCUGAAAAUUUAUGAGAAGAAAUUAGAAGAUAAAGAAGCUGUCAUGAAUGAUUGUGUUAAAGAUUUGAAAAGUAAUCACAAGGCUAAACUGUCCGAACUGGAAGAAAAGAUUGAUGAAUACAAACGGAAAGCAAACAAACUUGAAUCGGAAAAUAACAUUCAGAAAAUGAAGCUAGAAUCUUCAACGUUUGAUCGCGAAUCUUCUGUUGAUUCUGAUUACACUGGUAGAAGCAGUGUCAGUAGACUAUCAACAAUCGGUCGUCAAUACUCUCUAACAUCGGUUAGUUCAUUCUCCUCUGUCAGAGCACUGAACAGAAGAAGAGAAACUGAACCUGAGUUAUCUAGUUCUAUGUAUAUACCAAGAAGAAGAGAUUCUCACGUUGAUCUAUCUUCAAGCAGUUACGGAAUUCAGAAAAGUUCUUCCAUAACUAACUUUGAGAAAGAACGUCGUAUAAGUGAAUUAGAACGUCACGUUCAAUCACUGAACACUGAUUUGAACCUACAAAAACGAGAGCUAGAGGUUUACAAAACCUCGUUAGGAAGUUUGGAAUCAGAAAGAGAACGAAUACUCACUCAAAACCGAUCACAACAAUUGGAUAUUGAUAACUUGAAACGACAAGCUGACAGAGCAGAAAAGAAUUCAGAUUCCUUAGCGAUGAGGUUGAAACGAGCUUUGGAAGAUGCUGAACAGUGGAAGAAGCGUCAUGAAGACUUGAUAAAUGAAACAAAAAAUGAUAUUUUAACGGAAAGGAAGCGAGCAAAUGAAAAGGUCGAAGCUGUUCGCCAUGAGUACGAUGGACGACAGGAACGAUACCACAGAAUUGAGACUUCGAAAGAUGAAUUGCAAGAUAAGCUGAAUCGUUGUGAAACGGAGCUUCAGAGAGCUUUAUCCAUCAUUCAAGAUCUUGAAAAUAAUGUUCAAACUCAGGAAAGACUUGGUGGCUCUCUUGAAUCAAGCCAUCGAGAUCUUCUCAAUGAGUUACAAAGCAUAAGGGAUGAAAACGGAUUGCUUCAAUCUAGAAUUCGGCGUCAAGCAAAACAAAUUGAACUUCUAACUCAACAAGAUUCAACAAACGAUUUGAUGAACCACAUGAAUAGUAAGGUCACCUUAUGA